AUGGGUCAAGCUUUAGGUUGUAUCCAAGUUGAUCAGUCGAAUGUAGCAAUCAAAGAGACUUUUGGUAAAUUCGACGAAGUUCUUGAGCCAGGUUGUCAUUGUUUGCCAUGGUGCUUGGGAAGUCAAGUCGCUGGUCACCUUUCACUGCGUGUUCAACAGCUCGAUGUUCGCUGCGAGACAAAAACUAAGGAUAAUGUGUUUGUCACUGUUGUUGCUUCCAUUCAAUACCGUGCCUUAGCUGAGAGUGCUCAAGAUGCUUUUUACAAGCUUAGCAACACGAGGAAUCAGAUUCAAGCUUAUGUUUUUGAUGUGAUCCGAGCAUGUGUACCUAAGCUGGAUCUUGACUCAACCUUUGAGCAAAAGGAUGACAUUGCAAAAACCGUCGAAAAGGAGCUUGAAAAGGCUAUGUCGCAUUACGGGUAUGAGAUUGUUCAGACGCUUAUUGUGGAUAUCGAGCCUGAUGUGCAUGUCAAGAGGGCAAUGAAUGAGAUCAAUGCUGCUUCGAGGAUGAGAGAGGCAGCGAGUGAGAAAGCCGAGGCAGAGAAGAUACUGCAGAUCAAGAGAGCCGAAGGAGAAGCUGAAUCGAAAUACCUUUCGGGUUUGGGUAUAGCCCGUCAGAGACAAGCCAUUGUGGAUGGUCUGAGAAACAGCGUGCUCGCCUUCUCUGAGUCUGUUCCUGGAACAUCUUCGAAAGACGUCAUGGACAUGGUUCUGGUGACUCAGUACUUUGACACAUUGAAGGAAAUCGGUGCGGCUUCGAAGUCAAACGCGGUGUUCAUACCUCACGGUCCAGGCGCUGUUAAGGACAUUGCUACACAGAUCAGGGAUGGUCUUCUUCAGGGUAACUCUGUUGAAUAG